AUUUUGCCCCAGUCGGAGGAGCGAAGUGUCGCGGGCUAAGUUUCGGAGUAGGUGAUCGGAUAUUUGUUCAACUCCGUACCAUGUGAUCUUUUGUAUUGAGUACAGAACGUGACUAGCAUCGUGGUACGAGUCUGAGACUAGGCACGUUUCUCCGUACCACACAGAAAAGAGACCUCCAUCACACCGCCUCCGCCUAAGAUGAUUUGGUACCUUCCGUCCUUAUUGUCGAUAGCUUAUAUUGGUUUUCGUCUCUACUGGUGGCGCUUACGCCAAGUCGCCAUCAGAACUGCCACGGUCUUACAUGUUUUGCGCUCUCUUGAGGAAUCGGCCCCUUCGAGUGACAGGAAGUUUCCGGGAAUUGCAGUGAUCGCUGGAGGAAGUAUCGCUGGCUACCUUACCGCUCGAGUCCUCUCCGAUUUCUUUCAAAGAGUUGUUAUCAUAGAACCAGAUACAAGACUCGUCGCUCAUGGCUCGCGAGUCGGCCAACGCUCCCAAAUCCACCUUAUUUCUGUCAUUGGCACCAAAUUGCUUCGGUUGCUUUUUCACGACUUUGACAACGAGGCUAGAAAGGAGGGCGCCAACGUGAGAGUUGGCUGGCUCUCCUGGGUUUCUGGUGGAUGGACACCACAGAUCACCCUCAGUUCGAUUCCAGAUAGGCUAACGAUAACUCGGAUAACGCUUGAAAAACUCAUUCGCCGCCUUGUUGAGGAAUAUGCCGGUCCUGCCCUUCAAGUUAUCCAGGGAACUGUGACUGAGAUGCACGCUGCGUCGGAUGGUGACAGCAUAUCAUCCAUCACCUACAUACCCGCCUCGCCACCCGAAGGAUCACGGUCUAUUACGCUCAACGCUGCAUUCUUCUCCGAUUGUUCAGGACUAGCUUCCAUUUCAUCGAAACUCCUUUCAAAGGCAUCCCCUACCUGGGGACCAUACCGCACCCACGAAUAUGGAUGCAAAAUGUUUUAUCAUACGACCAUUUUACCCCCUAUUACGGACCAAUCUGUUCAAGAAAAAUUGUCACGAACGCUUCCGGACCAUUUUCACACCUUCGGUCGAUGGGAUGCUAUCGACAUGCUUCAGAGUUUUCAACCAACACACGUUUCUGGUAGAGAAUGCUACAUAGUUGAGAAAUCGUCAGGGAAUCAGAUCUCAUUACUCCACGGAGGGUGGGGUACCAGCGACGGCGGAUUGUCGCAGACGCUUCCCCAGUUCGUGGAGAAUGUGGAAGCAAUUCAGACGCGUACAUACAGAGAUCGACCCGAGCAGAAUACAUCGGGCUGGGUCUUGAAUUUCCUGCAAGUGCUAGCUGAAAAUGUCGAAGGUGCCGAAGAGAUCAGGUUCAAUAGCUGGAAAAUCCCGACUAGCCGCCUCACAGACUUCAGGACGGGACGCUUGCCUUCUAACUUUGUCGCAGUGGGUGACUCACGCCUUUCGCUCAACCCAGCUUUUGGACAAGGCAUCACCAAAAUUCUUUCUGAAUUGGCCUUCAUUCAUGCUAUUCUGCGUGAAUCUCAAUCCGGCCCCUCGCUUUCUGUGUCUCAAACGUAUUUCACGCGAAGCGCAGCUGUGGUGCAUGACAUGUACACCUUCAACAAGUUCUUAGACUAUGGUCAUUCGACAACUGUGCCGGAGGAAGGCGAAUCCAAGGAAGUAGGGAAGGACUCAAGAGAGUUCUGGGCUAGCCUCAUGGAACUCACUCAGCAGAGCAAGACGGUAACAGACAUGGUCAUCCCCCCAUUCAAUGGGCUAGCGCCAAGCAUGGAUAUGGGACAUCCCUAUAUCAUAUUCAGACUCCUGCUUCUCAAAUGGAAGAAAAUACUCGGUUUGGCUUGAUCAUCUAC